UAUACUACAGUAUAGACAUCCGAGGGUUUGACUCCAUUUGUAUGUUUGGCGCCAGUGAUGGAGAUAUAGUGGACUUCACGGCCCGCACCCGACCCUCACUACUGAACCGCUUGGCAUCGGUUGCGCUCCGGAACUCAUCCGUUAGUGAUAAGGGAUUGGAAGUGUUUUUGGCCUCACUUUCGCAUAAUCUACUUAAACUUGAAUUAUCAGGUUGUAACGAGAUAACAGACACAGUUAUGUGGGCGGGUUUGGUGCCAAACCUGGAGAUACUAAUCAUCAUGGAUUGCAUUAACAUAUCCGACGAAACAAUAGCCGCGAUUUGUCAAAUGUUGCCCAGUUUGAAAAAAUUACAAAUCCAGGCCUAUCACGUGACGGACACAUCUAUGGCAUAUUUUGGUAGUACAUUAGCCAGGGAG